UCACCCACCUUUCCCCUCUCUCUCUCUCUCUAAAAUUUAUAUACCUAUCCCCUCUACCUUCGCUUCUCAAUUCAAUAUCAGUGAGUAUAUACGUUACUGAUACCUAACCCUCAUUAAUUUCCUUUAACCCUUUUCAAUUCAUCUCUUCCUUUCGCUUUAGGGUUCUUCCGCGAAUUUUUUGUUUAAAGCGGAAAAUCCAUCUCCCUAGUUUUGUUUUCCCAGAUUUGGUCUAGUUUUAGUUUUUAAUUUAUUAAUUUGUGCCGUCGGUGAUUAUGGGGAGUUUAAUUGCGGAAUCAAGUGCUGUUUCUUCCCACACGGAUGAUUUUUUAGUGGAUAGUGAUAUGAAAGAUAGCAGGAAGAAGAAGCGCCGAGCUAGGAAAUCUAAGCAAUCGCCGUCAGUGGGUGAGGCCGAUCUGGAUGCAUCUAGCUCACAGAAUGCUAACGCUUCAUCGCAUAAUAUGGUGUCAGAUGGGCAUCAUCAACCGCCUCAAGAAAGUAAUGUAGGCACUGGAUUGAUUGCCUCAAAACAUGUAGAUGAACUAGCUACGGAUGGAAAUCUUAUGAAUCAGCGAUCAGUUCCUCCUACAGGCGAGGAACCGUUAUCUCUCAGUCCAGUGCCUGAGCCUGCUUCUAGUGAAGAGCCUGUUGGACCUGUGUUGAUUGCACGGCCGAUUGAUUCCCUGGCGCGUCGGACAUAUUUUCCUCCUCAUUGGUCCACGGAUGCUACGGAUAAAGCACUAAAGGUUGGUUGUGUUUAAUGCAUGUAAGGUUUUUUCAGGA